GUUGUUUUUCGCCCUAUGCGGAAGUGGGUUGGUGGAACGAUCGGGCUCAGGAUCGGGAGGGGUCCUUUCCACUGUGGCGGGGAGCCAGGAACGGAUUAUUCUUUGCGGGGCAACACCAACAAUUUCCCUUCGACCUGCAGUGAGAGAUUUAUUGGAAGAAAAACCCCAACUGGAAGAAAACCACAACUGAAGACGAGGGACCAGCAACAAGUGAACCAGUCCGAGGACUGAGGGCUUCAAGUGGAGAGAACCCAUCUGACUCGGAGUUUCCAGUGAUUCAGUCAGGAGAAAGUUUGGUUGAAAAUGACAAGCAACUUGUCUCUGGGGAUUGUGAACACAACACUAGUUUUGCUUUUUCUGUCUUGGUAUUUAAGAAGUGGAGCAAGGCAUUCACUCAAUCAUCAUUCCUACUCAGACUGUGGGGAGGGAUUCACUCAAUCAUCUGACGGACUGGUGUCCCGGACAUUUUACAGAAGGGGAAGGCCAUUCACCUGCUCAGACAGUGGGAAUGGAUUCACUCGGUCAUUUCAACCAAAGUUACAUCACCAAGUUCACACGAGGACAAGGCCAUUCACUUGUUCUGUGUGUGAGAAGGGAUUAAGUCGGUCAUCCCUCCUGUGAACACACCAGUCAGUUCACACUGGGCAGAGGCUGGACGUCUGCUGAACUUGUGGGGAAGCAUUUACUCGGUCAUCUGACAUAAUGGCUCAUCAGCGAAUUCACACCGGGGAGCGGCCAUUCACCUGCUCAGACUGUGGAAAGGGAUUCACUUGCUCAUCUAAAUUGAAGGUACAUCAGCGAGUUCACACUGGAGAGAGACCAUUUACCUGCUCAGACUGUGGGAAGGGAUUCACUCAGACAUCUCACCUACAGCGAUACCAGUCAGUUCACACUGGGGAGAGGCCAUUCACCUGCUCAGACUGUGGGAAAGGAUUCACUUGCUCAUCUAAACUGAAGGUACAUCAGCGAGUUCACACUAGAGAGAGGCCAUUCACCUGCACAGACUGUGGGAAGGGAUUCACUUCAUCAUCUCAACUGAAGUUACAUCAGCGAGUUCACACUAGAGAGUUCACACUAGAGAGUUCACAUGCUCGGACUGUGGGAAGGGAUUCACUUGUUUAUCUAAAGUGAAGGUACAAAAGCGAGUUCAUACUGGAGAGAGGCCAUUUACCUGCUCGGACUGUGGGAAAAGGUUCAUUUGCUCAUCCCAACUGAAAGUACACCAGUCAGUUCACACCGGGGAGAGGCCAUUCACCUGCUCAGUCUGUGGGAAGGGAUUCAUUAAGUCAUCUCAACUCAAAGUACAUCAGCGAGUUCACACUGGGGAGUGGCCAUUCACCUGCUCAGAGUGUGGGAAAGGAUUCACUCGAUCAUCUCUCCUACAAGCACACCGGUCGGUUCACACUGGGGAGUGGCCAUUCACCUGCUAGUCUGUGGGAAAGGAUUCAAUCGAUCAUCUCACCUACUGACUCACCAGUCUGUCCACACAAGGAAAUGGACAUUCACCUGCUCAGAUUGUAGCAAGUGAUUCAUUUCAUCAUGUCAACUCUAGGUACAUCAGUGAGUUCACACUGGGGAGAGGCUGAUCACCUGCUCAGUGUGUGGAAAUGGAUUCAGUCCGUCAUCUCCGCUACAGAGACACAAGCAAGUUCAUACUGGGUAGAGUUCGAUCUCCUGUUCAGACUUUGGGAAGAGGUACUUUCAGCCAAAUCAACCAACUGUGCAUCAUUGAGUUCACACUGGCAAUACACCAUACACCUGCUGUGAAUGUGGGUAGUGAUUCACUCAGUCUUCUAACCUUACGUAUCUCUCGCUUUAGCUAGCAGCUUAAUAUAGGGGGUGAUAGCUCCCGAGCCCAGCCAAACAUUAAAGAUCUUAUUUUGGUGGAUGAUGCAUGAUGUGUCCUGUUACAAAUCAGUACCCUGAAAUACCAAACAGUGCACAAUAUGUGAUUUAAUGAUUGAGCUUUAUAAUUAUUACUUUGGUUAGUGAAGUAAACAAAAGAAAAAAAAAGGCCCAUUCUCCCCAUUUGUGUCUUCUCAUUUCUCCCCGGCAAAAGACCAUGAAAAUCUCUCUUCCAGAUUCACAAGAUAGACCUGCACUCCAAAUUCCUGUUAUCUCUAGUCGUAACCUAAACAUUGCCACUACAGUGAAACCAUUACCUCAGCAGUAAAACAUUACAGAGAGACUGUUACAUAAGCAGUGAAACCUUACAGCAUGUUACAGUUGUGACACACUACCGGGUUCACACAGGGAGAAAGUUUCAAUAAGCUGUAUGCUGGAUAUUUGUCCAUCACUGUUGCUGAAUGCAAUUUCGAGAGUGACUGAUCUCUGCAAUUUUUGCUGCUGCUCAACACAGCCAAUUCUGCACCCUGGUCACUGGGCAUGGGAGGAGUUUCUUCUGCUGCAUAUUCAUCUUUAAUGGACUGGAGUUUAAUAUUGUGGAUGUGAUACAAAUAAAUCAGUUCUAUUUUCCAGAACUGAUUUCCCUGAUAUUCCAGAUAUGUAGGUACCAAGAGUCCCGAUGAAAGGUCUUGGCCCGAAUUGCUGAUUCCCAUCCAUAGAUGCUGCCUGACAUGCUGAGUUCCUCCAGCAUUUUGUGUGUAUUUCCCUAGGUUUCUAGCAUCUGCUGGUCCUCUUGUUUCCCAGAUACUUAUAUGUUUCUUGCAAGAACAAGCCAAGAACAUGCUGGUAGUGGGGUUCUGUGGCUCUGUUGGUAAAAUAUUAUAAAAAUAAUUAGAACGAAGUGGCAUAGGGUUGGAAAAUGCAGAAUCUGUGGGUAGACUUAAAGAGCAGCAAAUGUAUAAAAAAAAGUCCUGAUGGGAAUUGUACAGAGAUCUCCAAACAGUCAUUAGUAUGAAGUUCACAAAUUACAAUGGGAGAUAGAAAAUGAGUGCCUAAAGGGCAAUGUUACAAUAGUCAUGCCAGAUUGUCAUGCAGGUGAUUAGGAAAAUUAGGAUGGUGUUGGUCUCAUGAGACGGAAUUCCUAGAAUGCCUACAAGAUGCUUUUUUUUAGAACAACUUGUCAUUGAGCCCACUUGGCUAUCAGUUAUUCUGGAUUGGGUGUUGUAAUGAAAUGGAAUAAAUUAGGUCUCAAGUUCAAAGAAACCUUAGGGGCAAGUGAUUGUAAUAUGAUCGAUCAAAUUCACCCUGACAUUAGAGAAGGAGAAGCUAAAGUCAGAUGUGGAAUACAGAGAAUUAGAGAGGCAUGAGAGAAAAUUUGUCAAAAUUGAUUUGAAAAGAACACGGGCAGGGAUGAAAACAGAGCAGCAAUAGCUGGAAUUUCUGGAAGCAAUUCGAGUGGCACAGGAUAUGCACAUCACAAAGAUUACAUUACGUAGUAUGCUAAAGGUAAGGGGUCAAAACCGUGGGUGGUAAGAGAAACUGAACACAACAUAAAAGCAAAGAGUGGGCAUAGAACAAAAAUUGCUAGGAAUUUAGAGGACUGGGAUGCUUUUCAAGACCAACAGAAUGCAACUAAAAUAAUUAAGAAUGAAAAGAUGGAAUACAUAGGUGAGCUAGCCAGUAAUAUUAAAGAGGGUACCAAAUUUUUCUUCAGAUACAUAUAACAUGUAACAGAGAGACAGAAGUGGAUAUCAAAUCACUGGCAAAUGAUGUUGGACAGGUAGUAAUUUGAUGGGGUUGCAAGGUAAUGGCAGAUGAUAUGAAUAAAUAUCGUACAUCAAUAAAUAUUGUCGAAGACACUUGCAUGAAUAUGGAAGUUCCAGAUGUCAGUGGUCAGAAUGUGUAAAGUUGCAUUACUCGGGAGAAGGUUCUUGGGAAACAGAGAAGAUCUUAAGGGAAAUAGGUCAGCUGGACCAGAUGGUGUACACCUCAGAGUUCUUUCACCCCCCCCCCCCAUACAUCUUCCUCUGACGUCUCUUCUUACUUUUCCCAGGCCUGAUGAAGUGUCCCGGCCUCAAACGUGGACGGUUUACUAUUUCCCAUAUAUGUUGCCUGGCCUCCUACUUAGCUCCAGCAUUUUGUUGUGUUGCUUGGAUUUCCAGCAUCCACAACUUGUCUCCUGUUUUUGAUAAAAGCAAAAGCGGGGUCAUAUAAUAUAGCAAGAAGUCAGAGGAUUGGAAAGCUUUUACAUAACCAGCAGGAGACAACAAAAAAAAUCACACAGGAGAGACAAGAUGAAAAAUUAAAGUAAGUGAGCCAAUAAUAUCAUGUAUCAAAAGUUGUUCAUAUAUAUAAAGAGUAAAAGCGAUGCAAGAGUUGAUAUAGUACCGCUGGAAGAUGAUGCUUGCAAUUUAGUAAUAAAGCAAAACAAUAGUGGCCGAA